GGGAAAUACCGUGGGGAGACAUUGGCGGGGCUCCUCACUCCGUGGUGCAUAUCGGCGCGCGUAGAACGGAACCAACGUUUGAUCGCUCAGUCUUCGCUAGUCUGCGUUCGUCUUCAAAGCCCGGCUAAGACACAGUGCCCCUCUUUCCUUAGUGACAGAUUUAUAAGUACAGAGCAGAAUGUCAGAUCCCGUAAGCCCAUCCCUGAAGGAUCUUCCUAAGGUUGCAUUAGACCUUAAAAGCGAACUGGAGGGCUUCAACCAUGGCUGUAUGAAGAAAGCUGCAACUGCUGAGAAGAAUGUUUUGCCUUCAGCUGAAGACGUGAGGCAGGAGAAACAGCACUGCGAGCUUAUCCAUGGAGUGGAGAACUUUAAAACAGAUCGUUUGAAGCAUAUCGACACCGUAGAGAAGAUUGUUUUGCCUAACGCCCAAGAUGUAGCUGCCGAGAAAACGCAACAGACUUUGAUUGCUGGUAUUGAAGCAUUCGACCCGGCCGUACUAAAGCACACGGAAACCCAGGAGAAAUAUCACCUUCCGGACAAAGAUGCCGUAAAAGCCGAGAAACAGCAUCAGAAUUUGCUGAAUGGCGUCGAAAGCUUCAACAAAGCAGCUAUGCGACAUGCUGAGACCCUUGAAAAAAACCUUUUACCCGACCCUCAAGCCAUACAGGAGGAAAAGGGAAAGCAACAACUUAUUUCUGGAAUUGAAAACUUUGACCCGGCAAAACUGAAGCAUGCAGAAACCCUCGAAAAAAAUCCUUUGCCUACCAAAGAAGCGAUCGAUGCCGAAAAAGUAGCUGCCUAAACAGCGUCGGAAGUACUUAAACAACAUGCAGCCACCCAUCAUUUCUUCAUUCUCUAUACCCUAACAUUUCGUAACUAUUAUUAAUAUACCUACUAUCAUAUGACUACCGUGAUAAUAUAAUCUCAUAUUAAAUAUUUAUAGUUGCAUAAAUUUAGCGAGCUUUAUAUCCUGAAACAAGUGUUUGCUAAAAAAUUAAUAAAACCUAAAAACUUGAUAUUCUACCAUCAGAUAUAAAAUUGAAGACAAGAAUUUUAAACUGCGUCUACGGGAUAUAAAUGUAAGAAGAAAAAUCAGACCACGUUUAAAACGAUACGCAUAUUAUAAACAUUCAUACAAAUGUCAUGUCGCCAAAAGAGUUUUCAGCCAUUUACUAAUAUCAGUAAUUGGCUUGCAAAAAUGAGAAAGAAAAGAACUGUAUUGAGUCUCAUAAUUUUACGAUCAGAGAAUAAUGCAGUAAUUAUGCUUUUUAUAGCUUAUUAAAUUUAUAGAGGGAUGUUUUAUUUUCAAAUGCGCUAUACUCGUACACAAAUAUAUAAUAAAAAUGUAUGGUUUUUGAAGCAGAAAAAUUAUUACCGGUGUUGCAUGUGUUUAUACAUAAAUAUAAUGUGCAACUUUUUCAGAGGUACUGGUCAGUAUAUUUGUGUAAAGAUCAUAUUUUAUAUAACGGGCUAUUGUACUUUUUAAUAUUCGUACAUAUUGCAUUGUCAUACCAAUAAAAUGAAUACAAUCAAUAAAAAAAAAUAAUAAUUUGUAUAAA